GCCGCGGGCGCUGGGUUUGUUUUCCCAGCGUCGCCAGGCCUGGGAGGGAGCGGCCGCUGUUCCCCCGUUGAUCAUGAGGGUCUCUGGGGCCUACUGAGUCUAUAGGUAGUGCAUCGUGUUUGCUAUGGCAUCAGUGAUACCAUCAUUUACUUUCAAGGAGUUUUGCCCCUUGUACUACCUUCUCAAUGCCAUUCCUACAAAAAUCCAAAAAGGAUUUCGUUCCAUUGUCGUCUACUUGACUGCACUUGACACCAAUGAGGACUACAUAGCUGUAGGCAGCAGUAUUGGCAUGCUGUAUUUAUACUGCAGGCAUUUGAAUCAGAUGAAAAAAUACAAUUUUGAGGGGAAGAAUGAGUCCAUUACUGUUGUGAAACUCUUAAACUGCUUUGAUGAUCUUGUUGCAGUUGGAACAGUUUCAGGCAAGAUUGCUAUUUUUCAGCUUGUCUCUUCAUUACCUGGGAGAAACAAACAACUUCGGAGAUUUAACGUGUCAGGUUUUCAUAAAAGUAGCAUUACAGCCUUGGCAUGGAGUCCCAAUGGAAUGAAGUUAUUUUCUGGGGAUGACCGAGGGAAAAUAGUUUAUUCUGCUUUAGAUUUAGAUCAGGGUCUUUGCAAUUCCAGUUUGAUAUUGGAAGAACCAUCUUCAGUUGUACAGCUAGAUUAUAGCCAGAAAGUAUUGUUGAUCUCCACUUCACAGCGAAGUAUACUUUUUUAUACUGAAGAAAAAUCUGUCAAACAAGUUGGAACUCAGCCCAGAAAAAAUACAGGCAAAUUUGGCGCAUGUUUUAUACCUGGGCUGUGUAAGCAAAGUGACCUAAUGCUCUUUGCUACAAGGCCUGGGAUUCGCCUUUGGAAAUCAGAUGUUCACGGGACGGUUCAAGCAACGUAUCUUCUGAAAGAUGUAUUUGCUGCUGGAAUGAAGCCUUUUGAAUUAUAUCCCCGAGUGGAAUCCUUUAGUAAGAGCAACUGUAAUUUCCCUGAAAGACAAUUUGGACUCAUUUCCUGCUUUUCCCAGGAAGGAUGGGUGUUGAGCUGGAAUGAAUAUAGCAUCUAUAUAUUAGAUACAGUAAACCAGACCAUGAUUGGCAGUUUGGAAGGAUGUGGUGAUAUAGUAUCUGUGUCCUGUACCGAAAAUGAGAUAUUUCUUUUAAAGGGAGACAGAGACGUCAUUAGAAUCUCAAGCAGACCUGAAGGACUGGUGUCACUAGAUAUAAAUUCACAAUUGACCAGCUUGGUAUCUGAUUUGAGCCCAAAAUUAGAGAGGCCACAUUCAGUAGUUGCAUCUGUCUCAUCUGAUCCCUCUCCAGAAGCAAACCCAAAAUUAAGUAACUUCUCUUCACCACAAACACCUGGUGAUAAAAAUGGCUUUGUAGGAAGAACUGACCUGGAAGAUGCAUUGAUAGCAGAGAAAAUUCGCUCACAGAGCUUAGACGGACUAGGGGAUUUGAGCAAUGACCCAAGAAGAAGAGGCUGCUCUGUAGUCAGUGAAUCAAGAAGCAGGAGCAGCUCCAUGAAUUCUGUGGACAGUGGCUCCAGUUUCUUGACCAAUGGGGAUCAAACAUCAUCAGAAAUACAGAGAACAGAUCCACAAAUUUCACAGAGGUUGAGCCUGAUCAGCUCAGAAGAUUUCAACCAGGAACUGAUUAUAAAACCAAUCAAAGUGAAAAAGAAGAAAAAGAAAAAGCCAGAAAAUGGCACCAGGAGAAAUCCAAGCUCUCUAGAAAGCACACCAUCUUAUGAGCAGCAAGCCUUCACUGAUAGUGUUUUGAUAUUAAAUGUGAAAUCAUGCUCCAUUAGUUCUAGCCUCCAAGGCAGCACCACAGACUGCUUAAGCAUCAGUUCUGCAGAACAGGAAAGUGUGUUCAGUGUGGAAACACAGGAUGAUAGCGAGACAUUCAGUGCACUUCAGUCUCUCGAGUCGGUAGUUGCUCUAACACCUGAUGACAAUAAGGAAGCACUGGAACUGCUGAAACUUUCUAAUUGUAAGAAUGAAGUAGAUGCAUCACCUACUACGGAUUCCUUGAAUUCCAGCUCCUGCUUGCUUGUUGUGGAAAACAAAACGGGUAGUGAUGAAAGUGAACACAACUGGAACCCUCUGUCUGAACAAAUAGAAACCAGCCCAAAGCAGAUAUCCCCAGAUGAAGAGCAUUUGCUUCUUGUAUGUAAAACAGAGUGCACUUUAAAUGAAUUAAGUCUGCCAGGUACUUUGACUUCCCUAGAAGAGACCAGCUCUGGGAAAGGGAUAUCUGUAAAUAGAGACACAUCUUUUUGUGCUGAGGAAACAUUUAUUCAGAGUGAUGUUGUUGAAAUAAUGAAGCAGCAACCAUCUUUGCCACCCACAGUCCCUGGAAACCUUACUGAGCAUCAUCCUGCUGUUUCUGAAAAAGAAAUAAAUCCUCAAGAGAGGAUGCUACCUGGACAGGAUGUCAAAGAAGGAGUUGUCACUGGCUAUGCCAGUGAAUGGAUGAGUAACACUCACAGUGCUAGAGCUGAGAGAUGUGCAUCAAGUGAUGAAGAGGACAUCUAUGGGCAUGGCUUGCUUUAUUCAACUUCAGAGACAAGUGUGACAGAAAUGGGGGCUUGCCAUCUUCCCCAGGAUAAAGUCAGGUCAAGUGUUGAGAAAGGGGUGCUUUCAAAAUCUGAUCAGUUUGCAGAAAGCUGGAUGGGCUAUGCAGGUCCUGGCUAUGGAAUACUGAGUCUAGUUGUCUCCGAUAAAUACAUUUGGUGCUUGGAUUACAAAGGCGGCCUGUACUGUAGUGCAUUACCUAGUGCUGGGUUGCGUUGGCAGAAGUUUGAAGAUAAUGUCCAGCAGAUGGCAGUCUCUCCUUCAGGGACUCUUCUGUGGAAGGUUGAGCAAAAAAGCAAUAAAGCUUUUGCCUGUGGCAAAGUAACUAUCAGAGGAAAACGUCAUUGGUAUGAAGCUUUACCUCAAGCAGCAUUUGUAUCCUUGAGUGAUGACACAGCCUGGAUUAUCCGAACAAAUGGUGAUCUGUAUUUACAGACAGGACUCAGUGUGGAUCGUCCCUGUGCCAGGGCAGUAAAGGUAGACUGUCCAUACCAACUAUCACAAGUUACAGCGAGAAAUAAUGUAAUUUGGGCACUAACUGAGCAGCGUGUACUUCUCUUUCGUGAGGGAGUAAGCAGUUUCUGUCCUGAAGGAGAACAGUGGAAAUGUGACAUUGUAAGUGAAAUGCAAGGUCUAGAGCCGGUGUGUAUUACUCUUGGAGACCAACAGACCAUAUGGAUUUUAGAUAUCCAUGGGAAUCUGUGGUUUAGAACUGGCGUUGUUUCAAAGAAACCACAAGGGGAUGACAACCACUGGUGGCAAGUAAGCAUUACAGAUUAUGUUGUGUUUGACCAGAGCAGCCUUUUCCAGACAAUAAUCCAUGCAACCCAAACAGUAGCAACAGCAGCCCAGACUCCUGUUGAGAAGGUGGCAGACAAACUGCGCACAACUUUCUGGUCACAGCAGCUUCAGUGUCAACCAAGCCUACUUGCAGUCAACAGCAGUGGUGUCUGGAUUUCCUCUGGGAAAAAUGAAUUCCAUGUUGCAAAGGGAAGCCUCAUUGGUACAUAUUGGAAUAAUGUUAUACCUCGUGGCACUGCUUCAGCUACAAAAUGGGCUUUUGUGUUGGCUUCUGCAGCUCCAACAAAAGAAGGAAGUUUCUUAUGGUUGUCCCAAAGUAGCAAAGACCUGUUUUGUGUUAGUGAUCAGAAUCCUCAGUUCCAUCCUUCAACUGUUCAGCUACCUCCUGAUGGUGAAAUGGUAUAUUAUUCAGCCUGCCAGGAUGCAAUAUGGAGCUUGAAUAGUCUGGGACAGGUCUUCAUAAGGACACUUUCACCAAAUUGCCCAACUGGCAUGCAUUGGACCAAACUGGACCUUACUCAGUUAGGUGCUGUGAAACUUACAAGUUUAGCAUGUGGAAAUCAGCACAUCUGGGCCUGUGACAGCUGUGGUGGGAUUUAUUUCCGGGUUGGAACUCAGCCUCUGAACCCAAAUUUGAUGCUGCCUGCAUGGAUAAUGAUUGAGCCACCCAUCCAGGCAGCAGGAGUCUACUUGAUCAGUGUGUACUCAAGUCCUAAUGAUCAGAGUCUGUGGGCCAUUGACAACAAAUGGAAUGUUCAUGUGCGUACUGGGAUUACGGAGGAGAUGCCUGUAGGCACAGAUUGGGAGCAGGUUCCAGGGCUUCAGGCAAGUGAGCUGGUAAUAAGCAUGAAGACAGUUUGGGCACGUUGUCCAAAUGGAGAUGUAGCACGCCGAUAUGGCAUCACAGAUAAAAAUCCUGCAGGUGAUUACUGGAAGAAAAUUCCAGGGAAUGUUUCUUGUUUGGCAGUUACCCCCGUAGAUGAACUAUGGGCAAUUGGUUCUUCAGGAUAUCUCCUUCAGCGGCUCACAAAGACAUUCCAGCAUUCUCAUAACUUGCAGAAACACAGUGAUGCUUCUGUAUCAUUUCACUCUGAUGAUUUUGAGGAUGAGUGGGAAGUGAUAUAAAGUGAAUAACAGUAAAUAAGUAACAAAACAUUCUUGGGAAUCCUGUUACAUGGCAAAUGCCAGGCUUUUGAAGCCAGAAACAUUUCAUAACAUUACCUUUUUGAAAUAUAGAAGACUAAUUUAUACAGUAGUCCUCAAACUGUGUAGUGAAAUGUCUUGUUCAAUAUAUCUCAGGUGAGGCAGGCAAUGCGGCUUAAAGAAAUUGUGAACUUGUCUUUAUUCUAGAAGUUGUACUUUGACUAUAAAGUUUAAAUUUAACCUCAUUAACAGCAAAAUGAAUUUGCUGUAGCAUGCAAGCUAAUAUCUGUACUAUGUGGGAAGAACUUCUGUUAAAUCACCUAUUUCUCAACUGCUGAAAAAAUGCUGUUUAGUUUUUCUCUUGGACGUUAAUCUCUUAGUAGGAAAAAAUGAGUAUGCCUUUAAUAGAAGAGAACAAAAUACUGUACUUUUUUUUUCAGUGGAAAGAGAUGCACAGUUGGUGAUCAGCUUAAAGUUUCAUUGUAACUUUCAGAAAUUUACUACUGAAUUUUUGCUCUGAUUAAUCAGGCUAAAAGCAUUAGUUCCCCUUAUUCUUUCCUAACUUGGAGUCUUUUGUGGAUUAAGAUUAUAAUGGUCUAAAUUCCCAGCCAUUUUAACAUGUUGACGGGGAAUUGUGGACAUUUUAGUUCCAAUGUAUCAUGGAGGGUUUUUGGUUAGGAAAGAUUGCCUUACAUGUUUAUCCAAGACAAUUUAGGCUUUUGUUCCACAAAUGCCUGUAAGAGCUAAACAGAACAUUAUAAGUCAUUUCAAUAAAAUGAGGGUGGCUCUAUGAGUGAUAUUCAGUACCAUAUUUAGCCUGACAGAAUUAAGCCUGUGUUCAGAGCAGAUUCUGUAUUUCCGUUUUGUACCAUAAUUUAUAAUGAAAUCUAGAUAUGGUACUAAAGAAGCUUAUCCCAAAAGAAAGGUUGUAAUACUUAUCAGGAUUUGCCUUUAUAAUAGGAAAUUUUUAGCUACAUUAGCUAAAUCUUGCAAUGUCUUACAUUGGAAAUGUUUACAGCAGAGGUGCUUAAAUCUAUAAUUUACAGAUCACUGCAGCUUAUGUGUCAUAAUUACUGAGUUUCUUAAGAAUACUGUAAGAAAAAACGUAAUCCCAAUGGUUUACACUAACAGUACUUUUUAAAAUAUAUAUUUAUUUGAGACCUGAAUGUUUUAAGCAACUAUUACUGAAUCUGCACAUGAGCUAACUGAUGAGGGAUAGUGUGUGAACUUGGGGGGGAAAUAAUCGAUUUUUCUUUCUUUCUUAAGCUGCCUGAUACAACCUUGUAUUGGUGAAUUUUCUGCAUAAGAACUAAUUUUGGCAUCAUAGACAUACCUAUUAGCAGCAGCACUUGUAUGAUUUGUGCUCUGUUCUUGGUCAAUUUUUUUAUUUUGGGGUGACCAGGAGGUCAUAUUUGUUUUGUUCUGAGACCUCAUCCACUUGGAGUCAGUGUUUUUGUAACCAACUAGCUGUCGAUAUAUCCCUAGUUCAAUUGGCAGGCUAUUUUGAGAAGUCCUUUGGCAAGUUGGAUUCCAAUGUUGUAGUUCCUCUGAAGUUCAGAAUUUCUGAGGAAAUGGGUUGGCCCUGUGGUGCACUUCUGGCCAAAUGUUCAUAUUCUAAUAAUGAAAAAAAUGACACACUUGAGCACACUCAAAAAUAUGUAUGAAUGUUUGCAUCUAUAUACACUAACACUUUUAAAAAUGCCCCCCUCUCCCAGUAAUGGCUUAGUUUGCUAGAUGUUUAUACAGUGCAUAAUAGUGUUAUUGGCUUGAUUCAUAAAUAUGAACUGGUGUUGACAGCUCUUCUAAGCUCAGUGAGUUCUUUUGUAUCUCCUAACAAUCUGAAAUAUUUACCAUCGAUAAUUUCACUUCAGUAAACUUGUGUUUUUUUCCCAUAAGCUUUCAGAUAAGUGCAAUAAACUAGACUUUUUCUUAAAAGUGUUUUUGUUUUGAUAUCUAAUUUUGGUAUAUUUAUUUAUGAAAUGUAUAGGCUGCCCCAAUCUAUAAUGACUCUGAGUAUAACUAUCCUAAGUUGGUUUUAUGGAGCUAUAUAAUGAAGAUUUUGAUCGAAUCUAAUGAAACUUCUAAGAAAACCUUACAGUUGCUUUUUCUAGGUUCUGAAGAUUAUCAGUUUUCUGUUUUUAAAAACUUGUUAUUGCAUCCAACGGAUUUAAAUAUAAAAACUAUUAUGAAUUUUGAUCAAAUUAUCCAGUAAAAAAGAAAACAGUUUUAUAUCAUCUGAUAGUCUUAAGGGUAUUUGUACUAUAUUUUUGCCAUGAUUUUCACUGAACAAGAAAUAGGCUCUUCAGGUUUAUUCUGGAUUAGUUAUUAUACAUUACUACAUUUUUAGCCUAAGAUGGCUAGAAUGUUUACCUGUCAAAUGUAAGAAUGGCUAGAAUCCUUGAGAAGCUUAUAUCUCCACUUCCUUCAUAGUUUCUGUUCAAAGAUAGUUCUCAAGCUAGCUAACAGUAAUAAAACUCAGAUAGAAACAAAACUGUAAUUAAAAAUAAGUGAAUUAAAAACCCAACUGUUUUAUGGCAUCUUAAAAACUUAACAUACUUAUUAUAGUAAAAGCUUUCAUGGAUCAUAGUCCACUGGUUAAACAUUUAUGUGUUAAUAAAUGGCUGUACGUAUUCAAGGUGUCACACUUUUGUUUUGCUACAAAAGGUUAACACAACUAUAUCUUUGGAAAUUAAAAAAGUUAUGAUAAAUUUAGAAAUUAUUUUCUCACACCAAUUAGUUUAAAUGGCCCAAACCAGUUUUGAAAACAGUUACUUGCCUCAUUAUAGACUUUUAAAAGGUUGGAAGGUAUCUCCUCCAUAUACCUCUGCUUGCAGCAGGAAAACUCAUGUUUAGACUAAAGAAUAAGGAAAGUUUAUGAACCGUUUAGAAGAAUCCAUAAUCCUGCAGCAUCAGAAACUACAAUCGGAGCAGAAUUUAUCUAAGUCUUAUUAAUAAAUAGAUGUUGAAUAAACACACAAAGCAGUGUUGUUAUGCCAUGUUGUUUUUUUGAACGUAUUUGAGCUAAUAUUUGCUGUUUGGUUGGGAAAAGUAUGUGAAGCCCUAAGAUAUUUCUCAUAUUUGGGGAAAUUAUUUCUUAGUUCAUCAAACACUCAGCUACACUUGAUUGGUUGCAGGUAAUCACCUCUGUUUGUAUAUUUAUGUAUCUACAUAUUUGUAUAAUUGAUUUUUAGAUAAUAGAGGGUUUUUUGGCUGGUUUUUACAUUGUUGUAAAGCACCCAGAAUCAUUUGAUUGGGGCAGUUAACAAAAUAAAUGUUCAGCUCUCUUAA